AUGCAUCACAAUCAGCUUGCAAAAAAGUAUCACCCUGAUAUUAAUAAAGAUCCAGCAGAAAAAGAAAUAUUUGUACAAAUUCAAGAAGCUUACGAUAUCGACUAUUUGAUAUUAUGUGACGAAGAAAAACAAGGAGGUCCAACAGGCACAUGUGGAUUUCCUGGUGGCAGUGAUGCAAGUUAUGGUGAAUUUUUUGGAUUUAGUAAAGUGUUGUUUAGCAAUAUAUUUGACGGUGGAUUUGACAGUCCAAAAGUUAAAACGGGUUCCGGACAACCUUAUACAACAUCAGGGUUUCAUAUACAAACAACCUGUCCUUCUUGUAAUACAAAAAUAUCAUCCGGAAAUAGAUGUUCGACAUGUUCUGUUAUAGGUCAAGUAAAAGAAAAAAAACCUAUUACUAUUGAUAUUUCUGCUGGUGUUGAGGAUGGAACAAAAAUCAGAUUAAUUAGACAAAGGUGA